UGCGCGACGCUCACGAUGGGAGUGGCCACGAUCGCGCAGUGACACACCGACCGCGAGUGGCAGAACAACACCGUCCGAUCCCGUCACAACCGAUCAUCCUGUGGUGUGAAAGACAAUCGCGAUUGUUGCCCGUCGAAUAGUCGGUAAUACAGUGAACGAGGGCCGGCGGAAAAGCGCGUCGAGGUUCUGUGCUGUGACUGGUACGGUUUUUCAGUGGUUUUCCAGUGUGACGUUUCGGGGUUAUCGAUUCCAAUGGUGGCUUCGGUGGCUGUCCGGUGGAUGUGCCGUUGACUUCACAGGCCCGACCUCGUGACGAUGUUCGAGGACCUGACGUAGUGCUCCAACCGCGGAGCCGUAUCACUACCGUCGCCGCCGCCGACCGUCCACCCACCGUCCGCCUCCGCCCCGUCCGGAGUCCACGAGGACCAUCGCCAGCCCGGAAACGGCCUCCGGCGCCGCCGCCGCCUCCGCCGCGAUGCCGUCGGUGCUCGAGGAGAUGGGCGGCGAGGCGGUGUUCACGCCCCUCGUCGACUCGGGCGGCAUCCAGAUCGUGCCGCCCAGUCCGACCGCCCGUCCCCUCAAGACGCUGCAGGACGUCAAGGCGCUGCUCCAGCAGGGCAAGCGGCAGGAUCUCAAGCACGUGCUGCGCAACAACGCGUGGCCCGCCAACCAUCCGAUCAGACAGCAUCUGUGGAUACUGCUCUGUACGCAGCACCAAAACGGAAAAGGCACCAUGAUGGAAGGCUUCUACAGGGAAAUGGUGACGCAGGUGUUCGGCAGUCAGGACCUGCCGGACAAGCCGAUGAGUUUGCCGCCGUUCGUCGAGCCGAGUCACUGUCAGUCCUACUACAUGACGCACAAGGGCAGGAACGUGACGGACCGCGUGGUCAGCGUCUUGGGAUACGCCUGUCCCGACAUAGUCUACAGUCCCACCAUCUACCCCAUUUGCGCACUCCUUCUUCACUACAUGUCCGAGGAAGACUGCUACCAUUGCAUGGCCAGCUUGGUGGCUUCGAAGGAGAAGACGUUCAUCACGCAAACGAAACUGCUGAACGAGGUCACGUGGAAAACCGUCAUGCAGAUCAGCAAAAAACACGUGAAAGGAGCCACCGGAUUCAUACAGCGUCACUGCACCAGUUCGAGGGCCGAGACCAUCUACAAGGACUGGAUAUGGUGGAUAUUCCAGGGCCUGCCCUUCCACCAUCUGAUCCGCGUGAUGGACUGUUUCUUCCACGAAGGAAUCAAGGUCUUUUACAGGAUAGCGAUGGCCAUACUGAUAUUGUUUCACAAGAGCUCGUCGUCGUCGUCUUCCGAGUGGCAGGCCGAAAUACAAAAGAACGGCAUCGACGGCGCCCUCAACAAGUUCUGCAAAGAGAUACCGGUUACUCCGCAGAAAGUAUUAAAGGUGGCGUUCGGGAUUAGAGGACUGAGCACCUCGUCGAUAUGCCGCAUCUUCAUUAAGACUGAAAUGCUCCUCAAGAGCAAACAUGUGAUAAUGAACAAGCCCCUGUUGCCGAAGUCACGGUCGACGGACAACCUGCCGACCAGCCAGAGCCAGACCAACAUACAGAUGGUGUCGCACACUCUCACCAUUCGCGAGAGAAUGUCCGAAGAGAUGUACAAUGACAUGGGAGCACACUCGCCCGGUCCGAGAUCGCUCUCGAUGGGCAUCUAUCCGAUACAGAACGUCGCAUCGGUCAUCCUCGAUCAUCAGGACCUGUUGACGCUGUGGUCGUGGCUGCCGGUCAGGAUCACGAUGUACCAGCCGAUCCUGCUGUACACGACCGAGGAGCAUGGCUGCUCGCUGACCACGUUCUACGUGCGAGUGGAGCAGCACGAGCCCACGCUGCUCAUGAUCAAGACGUGCAAUAACGAAGUGUUCGGAGCGUAUUGCUCGUCUCGAUGGGGCGAGCGCAACGUGAAGGACGACCGCGGUAACAGGCAGGCGUACUUCGGCACAGGCGAGACGUUCCUCUUCUCGCUCUAUCCGGAACGGGCCAAGUAUCCGUGGGUAGGAAUGGACGGCGACAAGGUGCAUCACGCCGCCGAACUGUUCAUGGCCGCUGAUUCCAAGAUGAUCACCAUCGGCGGAGGCGAGGGCCAGGCGAUCUGGAUGGACGAGAACAUCCGUUACGGGAAAACGGACAGGUGCCAGACGUUCAACAACCCGCCCCUGUGUCCGAGCGGCGACUUCGAGAUCCGCGUGCUCGAGGUGUACGGCUUCGCCACCGAUCAGCUCAGCUAAACGACGACGCAGAGAAACGAGAGAUGUAUAAUGGGGGAUCAGAACAUUCCGCCGCGCGAGGCUCCGUGGGUUUGGAGCCCUCGCCGGUUUUUCAUUUUGUUUUCAUUGUCAUUUUCUUUUUAAAGUGUUUGUAUAAUUUUUCUGUCCCCCGCGGAUGAAUGACAAGUACUAGAUCUAGUCGUUAACUUUAGUGUAAUUUAUGACAGAACAUUUUUAUGUACAACUUUAGUCCUUCUAUUGAUUUUAUUUUUAUUAUUGUUUGUUUUUAUUUUUCGGUGCGUUACAAUUUUACUAAAAAAACUGGAUAAUGUAUAUAUUGUAUAUUGUUAUGUUGCGAUUAUGCCUGUGCGCGCGUUUAUUGUGCCAAAAAGGUUUUAGUUUUAUUAUUAUUAUUUUUUCUAAUCGUUCUGUCGCGCCGAAUGUUUUGGUAAUAUUUUAGUUUGAGAAUUUUUUAUCUUAUUUUAUUUUAUUUUAUUUUAUUUUAUUUUAUUUUACUUAUUGACUAGAUUUCAAAUUUUAUAUGCUCGAUUUAUGUAUAUACAUAUAGAUAUACAAUUUUUAUUUAUAUUUACGUUGACAUUUUAAUGUUUUGUUUAUUUAUAGCAUCAUCACAAACCCGAAACAAGGUUUUAAGACAAUACGACUUCAUGAUCCAUUUUACGAGAGCAUUUAUCAAAACAUGCGGUCGGUAGAAACGGUAAACGAGUAUUUUUUGUGCUUCUUCAAAUCAAACUUGUUUAAAGUAUUGUUUUCCAUUGUAUAAAAAAGUAACAGAUUUAAGUUGAUCUUGUAUAUGUUAUAUAUGAUAUGUUGCAGUAUUUAAUGUAUAUAUUAUUUUUUUCUGUUAUUUCGUGGAUGUUGUUUUAGAAGAGAUUGACUGAUUUUUAAAAUAUACACAAUCAAAAUCUUAUGGAAAAAUGUGUUCUAUCCGUAGAUUUCUAAAAAUAGAGAACUAAAGUCGAUAGAUGAAUAGAAUUGUUGCUGUUUUGCUCAUUUCAUAGGCAUAUCAUAUCAUAGUUGGAACAUUGCAUAUAAGUUUCAGUUGUAUUUUUGAUAUUUGUUAAGUUUUAAACCAAAAGUCUAAUAAUUGUUAGAGAACAUUUUCGUUUAGGAACGAGUUUAUUUAGAAGAGAUACCUGACGCCUCAACGCCCAUUUGUACAAAACGCAAAACAUAUUUGGGCAUCUUGUUUGAUUAUUUCGGAUGAUUUUAGUAGAUUGUUGGUUAAUGUUUAAUGUUUUUGCGAGCAGAGUUUAUAUGAAAAAUUGUUUAUAAAUCGUUUUACUUGAACAAAAUCGUCCCACAAUCCGCGUACAUGCGUAUGGUUGCAUUUGACGAGUGUAACAUUCCCAAUCGGUCGCGUUUUGCGGGAAGAAACGGGCUACUAUUUUUCACAAUUCACAAUUUAACAAUUCGAACAAGUAUUAUUGAGUAUGAACCAAACCAAAAAUUAUUUAUUCUUAAUUGAACGACAGUCAAUUUGUAUUAGCAACGAUAUUUUCUAUGGAUAAACAAAUUUUAGGGAGUAGAAAAGACAAGUCCGAGGUAGCGAAACGCUUCUUGUUUCAGAUGCGGAACACCACAAACAUCACACACGUAAUUUUUAUUAUUAUAGGUGUAUGUCUUAUCGGUGUGUCACAAAUAAAUGUACGACUCAUAGAAUAUGAUUUUUUGUAUGUUCCUUGUGCAUUAGUUAUAGUAGAAUGUGAUGUGUAAUUAUUCAAUGUUGAAAUGUUAAUCAUAUUGUAUAGCCUAUCUGUGUCCCACCCUUAAGAUGCCUUGUAAAUUUUCAAUUGCUUGUUAUAUAUAAUUAUAUAAAUUUAUUAUUAUUAUUAUUAUUAUUAUUAUAAUAGAGUAUUGGAAAUGAUAUUUAUUUUAACCAAGCUAUUUACUGUAGUCUGCCUUAUCGUUUGUUGUUGCCAAGCCAGAAGCUCACACAACAAACAAAGGCUGUCUAACAUUUUUGUUACAUAUGUUGUUGGUAAGCAAUAAAUGAUGUGAUAAUUUUAGACAAGAUUUUUAAAUAUCUGUUGUUUAGUUGCAGUACACGGUUGGUUAAACGGAUGAUUAUUGAAUUGAUUCUAAACAAACAUAUUAGAACGUACUACAUGUAUAGGAUAUAAAAAAAUCUUUGUCUAAAUUGUGUUUAUGUAUUUUUUUAGAAUGUAUGCAUUGUAUUUCAUUGUAAGCUUGUAACCAAGUUUUAAACAUUCUCUGACUGUUUACUAGUAGUUACCAGUCCCGUUCUUUGUACUGAUGUAUCCAAUGUAUUAUUAUCAAGUGAGUGUUACUCAAUCUCAUAAAUGUCUUUAUAUUA